AUGCCUUACACACUGAGUGCCGAGGAGAUCGCACAAUACCACGAGGAAGGCUACCUCAUACUACGCGCCACACAGCACGGUCUUGUCUCACCUUCAGCUCUGCAAGAAUGGUCAGCAGAAGUAAAAUCCUGGCCCAAGGAAAAGGGCAAGUGGAUGCACUACGAGGAGAUCAACAGCCAAGGGCAACGACAACUCCUACGCACGGAGAACUUCGUCGACUACCACCCACAGCUCGUCGCUUUCCUUUGCGGCGAUGACCUCACUAAUCUCCUUGCCCAGCUCUCCGGCGACGACAUGCUCCUCUUCAAAGACAAGAUCAACUACAAGUCUCCCAAGGGCAACGGCUUCGGAGCUCACCUCGACGCGCCGGCCUACGACCAUAUCGGCAAGAUCGACCACGUAACAGCCAAUCUAGCCGUUGACGACGCCACACUCGAGAAUGGCUGUCUCGAGGUUGUGCCUGGAUCACACAAACAACACGUUCCCUUCAUAACGGGCGGUCACAUCACUCGCGAAUGGGAAGAAUCCCAUACCUGGCUUCCCGUGCCACUAGCUCCAGGGGAUAUGCUUAUCUUCGGUAGCCACCUGGCCCAUCGGAGCGGACCUAAUAAUUCGACCAGGGAGAGGGCUAUGAUCUAUGCCACGUAUAGUGCGAAGCGCGAUGGUACGGAUCUGAGGCAAAGGUACUAUGCGGAUCGGAGAGAGAACUUUCCGCCUGAGCAUGAGAGGGUUGAGGGGAAGGACUACAGUAAAGGGUGGGAGAGGUAUGCUUUUGCCGCGCCGUUCUCGAUGCAGGGCAUCAAAGACCAGGAGACGCCCGCGCCGGCCGCAGUAGCGGUGGGAAAGGUGCACUAG